AUGUCAACAAUCGACAGAGUCGCCAUCAUCGGUGCUGGCCUUUCUGGCCUAACCCUUGCUCUAGCCCUACACAGACAAUCCAUCCCCUGCUCCCUCUACGAGGCUCGAUCAUCUCCCCUCAAUAUCGGCGGUGCAAUCAUGAUCUCCCCGAACGCACUUCGCAUCCUUGACCAGCUAGGCGUCUACGAGCGCAUCCGCCCAGAAGGCUACGAGUUUGACAAAUUAUACUUCCGCUCCCCGGACCACCAGCCCAUGGAUACCUACGAUUUCGGAGGCACAGAGAAAUAUGGCUACCACGGGAUGCGCAUCUACCGACAUGUUCUCAUCCGGGAGCUCUCCGCCAUGGUCAGCGAGGCGAAAAUCCCAAUUAAAUAUCACAAGAAAUUCGGCCGCGUGGUCACCGAAACAGAAGAGGAUAUCACCUUUGAAUUCGCGGACGGCACCACCGAAACCGCAACCUGCCUCGUUGGCGCGGACGGCAUCCACUCCCGCGUGCGAAAAUACCUCUAUCCAGACCUCGAGCCCAUCUUCACUAACAUCGUCGCUGUGACGGCCGCUGUGCCGACGAGCCAGCUCCAGGUCCCCAGCGGGUAUGGCCUCCCAGUGACGAUCCUGAAUAGGACGCACGGGGCAUUCGUCAUUGCGCCGCAGUUAGCCGAUGGCUCAGAGGUGCUUAUCGGGCGGCAAAAGCGGGCACAGCAGCUAAGCCGGGAGGGGUGGGAUGAGCUGCUAAGUAAUAAGGAGUGGUGCGUGGAUUUCCUGCGGGAGGGGGCGGACGCGUUUCCAGAGAUCGUGCAACGGGCUGUGGCGGAUAUCACGACCGACAAGAUCAAUCUGUGGCCUUUUUAUGUGGUGCCCAAGCUUGGGACGUGGAGCUCGGAGCAUUCCCGGGUGAUGAUAUUAGGGGAUGCGGCGCAUGCGAUUCCGCCGUCUGCGGGACAGGGUAUUAAUCAGGCGUUUGAGGAUGUUUUCACAUAUGCUCUCAUCCUUGGACGGUCGGGUAAGGAGUCUCUGUCUCUUGAGCGAGCAUUGAAGAUUUGGCAGGAGGGGCGGCAGGAGCGGUUGGAUAAGGUGCUGGCGCUGAAUGCGCAGAUUGAUAAACGGAGAAUGCCAACCGUGGGAGACGAGAAGGAUGCAGAGGAGCCGUUUGACUUGGAAUGGUUGUAUAAGCCGGAUUUCGUGGAAAUGGUGGACGGCUGGCUUUCAAGGAUGGAUAACUGA